CCAUCGGCACCACCAUCCCAGGUUUUACAGCCAAAAUCAUCACCAUCCAGGGCCAAAAACAGGUUUUUUCUGGUGUGUGGCAUUGUCGGAUCAGUUGGGGCUUUUGCUGGCAUUUGCACUAUUGUCUACUGCAUAUGGAGUGGUGUUUGUGGGUUCCUGCACAAGAAAAUACAUAAUUCAGUGCAGCCAACAAUUGCUAUGGCAAAUGGGGAUGUUGUCUCUCCAUCAGAAAACGGUACUAAUAAGCCACUAUCAAAAUCACCAAAUUUGGCCCGCGAAAGUUCAAGAAAGCUUAGGCACCAAAGAAGUGGGACUUCAUUCAAGCACACAGACACAGCUGAGAAAUUUUACCUAUCAGAGCUUGCUGCUGCCACAAACAACUUUUCAGUGGAAAACAAAAUUGGUGGUGGGAGCUUCGGCACAGUUUACAGAGGCAAGCUUGUUGACAACCGAGAAGUGGCCAUAAAAAGAGGAGAGACUGUUUCUAAGAUGAAGAAAUAUCAAGAGAAAGAAAGUGCAUUUGACUCUGAGUUAGCUCUGUUACCUCGACUCCACCACAAACACCUGGUGGAGCUCGUUGGAUUUUGCCAAGAAAAGGAGGAGAGGCUUUUAGUUUACGAGUACAUGAGCAAUGGAGCACUACACGACCAUCUGCACAGCAAAAACAAUGUUGGGAAGAGCAGCAGCAUUUUGAAUUCUUGGAAAAUGAGAAUCAAAAUCGCAUUAGACGCUGCAAGGGGAGUCGAGUAUCUGCAUAAUUAUGCAGUACCACCAAUAAUCCACAGAGACAUCAAGUCCUCAAACAUUCUUCUUGAUGCAAAUUGGACAGCAAGGGUGUCUGAUUUUGGAUUAUCAUUGCUGGGGCCAGAGUCUGAGCAAGAGACCAUGUCGAUCAAGGCAGUUGGGACAGUUGGGUAUAUUGAUCCUGAGUACUAUGUUCUUGACAUCUUGACAGCGAAGAGUGAUGUCUAUGGCUUAGGAGUGAUCUUGUUGGAGCUUUUGACAGGGAAGAGAGCUGUAUUCAAGGAAGCAGGAAUGGGUCCGAUAGGUGUGGUAGAAUAUGCAAGGCCUCGAAUAUCAGCUGGAGAAUUGAUGAGCGUAUUAGACAAGAGGGUAGGUCCACCGGAGACUAACGAGGCAGAGGCAGUUGAGCUAGUGGCUUACGCUGCUAUGCAUUGUGUGAAAUUGGAGGGUAAAGAGAGACCAAAUGUGGCUGAAGUUGUGGCUAGCUUGGAUAGGGCGCUGGCUCUUUGUGAGGACAGCUCAUGUAGUCACUCUAGCACAACAUUCUCCGUUGCUUUCCAACAUAAUUUUUUCUCCGAAGAAGAAUCCAUGUAAUUCUCUCAUUGUUGUCAACAAUUUGUGUAUGUGGUAUCAUACAAAUAUAUACUAUGCAAUACGCGG